AUAUUUUAUAACAUUCGUCGCCGCGGAUUCAUUCUAAAAAUUCACGAGCUCCUCUUGCUUACCUUAUUAUUUAAUCUGCAAUUACUACAACUCUUAACACUGUGAAUCGAAAGUUCGCCGCCAUGAACACCCGAGUAUUAGUACGAUUCUAUCAGACCGUUAAACCUCACCAACCAUCAAUCCGGUUUCGGUAUGGAAUCCCAGAAAUCAAUAAACCUGAAUCAACUUCUUCAACUUCUGCCACUGGAUUAGUGCAAACACUUGAACACACUCAACUUCCUUUAAAAUUUAAAAGACCUACAUUGGAUGAUGCUGAAAUAAAUGCUAUCAAUAGUGGAGGAGCCGAAUGAAGAUUCUAAUAUUUUGAUUCAUACUCAUUUUAAAUAUUGGAUACUUAGUUAAAAAUAAAAAUUGAACUAAAAAUAUA